AUGUCGGUGCCGCCAGUGAAUACCGGUCGGGAAGACCCAGCUGAUUUUGACCAAGAAAUAUACGAUAGACAGCAAGCCAGGCUAGUCGCGGAAAGAGAAAAAAAUUUAGAAUUAGCCAAAAAUUUUCGCAACAUUCAAAAUCGUUUGCUUUAUUUAUUAACCUAUGUUGGGGAAGAUUUAAAUAGUUUUCGAGAAUUAGAUAAUUUUUGUAAUGAAGCUUGUAUUGAUGAACAAGGCCUUAGACAAGUUAUUCGGGAAAUGAACCCUGAUUAUCUAGAAAUUUUAGAGGAUUUUGAAGAUAGACAAGAUGUUCAGGAAGCCAUUAUUCAUUUAGAACCUUAUCGGUCGUCUAAUAAUGAAGCAAAAAAUCUUUACGAAAGCCUUCAUCGCUUAAAGGAAAGCGUUAUUUUAAGCCAGCAACAAGAAGAAAGAGAAAGGACGCAAAGGAGAAAUGAAGAAUUAGAAGGUUAUAAAAACGAUGCCAUUCAAGCCGAGGAUUAUUAUGUUUCAAGUUAUAACGAAUCACCCGCCGAAGAAAAAAAAGCCAAUGAAGGAAAUGCUGCUACUAAUAAUAGCGACCACGAUAAUGACCCUCAAAAAUCUCCUCUCUCUGAACCUCCUAACGAGGAAA